AUGUCGCAUCAGAUAGCUCUGUUCGUAGGUUUCGCAUUGGUAAAAAUUGCAGCUGGCACAGUAGGUAAGUAUACGUAUCAUAAAAUUGUCAAACAUCGCAACAGUAAAAAACAUCCUCACGAAACACAACAACGACAGCAAUCGCCUUCCAAUCGCAGGGGUUCUUCGAACUCUAUAUACCAAGAUACAUAUUGUGAUGGAUGUGGUAAAUUUAUAAAUGAUGGUAUUCGUUACCAUUGUCUCCAAUGUCCAAAUUUUGAUCUUUGUGGACAUUGUCAUAAUUUACCACCAAAUUGCAGAUCGAUAAAAGGUCAUACCGCUGAUCAUAAUAUGCUAACAAUGAUCCAAUAA